CUUCUAUGCACUAGUGACUUGGUUUCUUUGCUCUUCCCAGGUAAAUAUGCAGAGGACAUUUUUGGAGAGCUCUUUACCCAGGCAAAUACCUUUGCCUCUCGGGUAAGCUCCCUUGCUGAGAGGGUCGACCGACUACAAGUUAAAGUCACUCAGCUGGAUCCCAAGGAAGAAGAAGUGUCACUACAAGGAAUCAACACCCGAAAAGCCUUCAGAAGCUCCACCAUUCAAGACCAGAAGCUUUUUGACAGAAACUCUCUCCCGGUGCCUGUCUUAGAAACAUACAAUACCUGUGAUACUCCUCCCCCUCUCAACAAUCUUACCCCUUACAGGUAAUGG